GUCUACCCAAAUCAUCAACUAAUGGAGAAGAGUCAGAGGAAGAGGAGGAGGAGCAAGAGGAACAAGCAGAAGACGAAACUGAGGAGGAAGUGGAAGAUGAUAAUAGUGAUUCAUCCAGUGAUUCUGAUGAGACUAAAGAUCCACCAGGAGGUAGGAGUAGAGGACAAGGAGAGUCUACUAGUAAUGAGGGAGUAGAGAAAGAGGGGGGGACUGGAGGUGAGCCAUUACAUGAGGAAGGAAAUGAAGAGCAAGAUAAUGAAAGAGUAGAAGAGUCAAAGGAUCAUGAAGAACCACAGCAUGAAGAAGCAACUGCUCCAAUACCUUGUACUGAGAUUUGUUCAGAUGUUAAUAGUAAAGUAGUAAUUUCCACUGGUAUAGUAGAGAAUAUGGCUUAUGCUGGACUGGUUUAUUACGAGAAGAAAGACGCUGAAGACUUAGUUACUUUUACUGCUGCUAAAGAUCUUAAUGCACUGCUUGAAUUUAUUGAUACGAGACACUCUCAAGCUGAAGUUGGACAGAAUAUUCUAUUUCAUUUCAAAGAUUAUGAUGGGUAUAUUGAAUUGAAGUUUGAUGCUCCUCAAGAGAAGCCAUUCAUUGGUUGGAGUAUUGAGCCUCACCUUAAGCCUUGUAGAUUUCUACGUUGUGAUGUUGAUAAGUUUGGUGAAGCUAAUUAUCCUCUUCCUUCCACUUGUCUAAUAUCAGUCUAUGCUUCACCUAGUGCUGUACCAUCACUACAUUAUUCUGUACCACUGGAUGGAGUGGCUGAUCCUAAGACAUUAUUCAUUCAUCGAUCUCUGAGAACUGCUCCUCCUCCUCCUCCUUCAACAGUACAAGGUACUAGCUCAAGCUCCUCUACUGCUAGUAUAAGUCAAACCAGGAGAGAGACUGAAGAAGGUACAUUUAGAUCUGAUAUUGCUCAUAGAGUAAUGACAGAAUGUACUGGAAUGAUAAAGGAAAGGCUUGAUCUAAAUACAUUAGUAGAUAAGCUAAUUGAGAAGAGGAUGAUAAACGAACGAGAAAAAACUAAAGUUCUUGAUGAAAGAUGUGGACUAACUGCUAAUCAAAGAAUGGACGCGCUGCUUAGUUUAGUUAAAGCAUCCAUUAGAGAGGAUGGAGAAGAUUUUGGUUUGUUUCUAGAAAUAAUUAAACAAGAGAAUACAAGAAGAGCUGAUAGACUAGCACAGACACUAUUGGACAAUUAUAAAAGAUUAUUAUAAUUUUAGUAUAAUAAUAAUAAUGUGUAGUUUUAGUAUAGUA